CGGCGGCGGCGGCGGCGGUGGCGGGGACAGUUAGGCUCGGCCGCCCGGCUCUGCCUCUCCCCCUCACGCCCCGCCGCGGCCGCACCGGCGACAGAUUUUGUAAAAAAUGGAUUUGACCAACCAUGGACUUAUUCUACUGCAGCAGUUAAACGCUCAGCGAGAGUUUGGGUUCCUGUGUGACUGCACGGUUGCCAUCGGCGAUGUGUACUUCAAGGCACACAAAUCAGUUCUUGCUUCAUUCUCCAAUUACUUUAAGAUGUUGUUUGUCCAUCAGACCAGUGAAUGUGUUCGUCUGAAACCCACUGACAUACAGCCUGACAUAUUCAGCUACCUGCUCCACCUGAUGUACACCGGGAAGAUGGCCCCACAGCUGAUCGACCCCGUGCGCUUGGAGCAAGGGAUCAAAUUCCUGCACGCGUACCCCCUCAUCCAGGAAGCCAGCCUCGCCAGCCAAGGCACCUUUUCCCAUCCCGAGCAAGUCUUCCCGCUGGCCUCGUCUUUGUACGGCAUUCAGAUCGCAGACCACCAGCUGAGACAAGCCACCAAGAUGAACAUAGGGCCUGAGAAACUGGGGCGGGAGCCGCGGCCCCAGGCGCCCAGGAUGAACCAGGAGCCGGUGCCCGAGACCUCGCAGCUCUCGCAGCUGACUGCCAACCUGGCACAGGUGAAUCGGACAAACAUGGCUCCCGCCGACCCCCUGCAGACCUCACUGUCACCCGAACUUGUCUCCACGCCUGUCCCGCCCCCUCCUCCUGGGGAGGAGACCAACCUGGAGGCCUCCUCCUCGGACGAGCAGCCGUCGUCCCUCACCAUCGCCCACGUGAAGCCAAGCAUCAUGAAGAGGAACGGGAGCUUCCCCAAGUACUAUGCCUGCCACCUGUGCGGCCGGCGCUUCACGCUGCGCAGCAGCCUGCGCGAGCACCUGCAGAUCCACACCGGGGUGCCCUUCACGGCCGGCCCUCCCGGGGAGGGCCGUGGGCCCCUGUCGCUUUGCAGCAACGCGGCCGACCUGGGCAAGGAUGCUCUGGAAGUGCCCGAGGCGGGGAUGAUCAGCGACAGCGAGCUGCAGCACAUCUCUGACUCCCCCAUCAUCGACGGGCAGCAACAGUCGGAGACACCGCCGCCCUCGGACAUCGCGGACAUUGACAACCUGGAGCAGGCGGACCAGGAGAGGGAGGUGAAGAGGCGCAAGUACGAGUGCACCAUCUGCGGCCGCAAGUUCAUCCAGAAGAGCCACUGGCGCGAGCACAUGUACAUCCACACGGGCAAGCCCUUCAAGUGCAGCACCUGCGACAAGAGCUUCUGCAGGGCCAACCAGGCCGCGCGCCACGUGUGCCUCAACCAGAGCAUCGACACCUACACCAUGGUGGACAAGCAGACGCUGGAGCUCUGCACCUUCGAGGAGGGCAGCCAGAUGGACAACAUGCUGGUGCAGGCCAAUAAGCCCUACAAGUGCAACCUCUGCGACAAGACGUUCUCCACCCCCAACGAGGUGGUCAAACACUCCUGCCAGAACCAGAACUCGGACGUGUUCGCCCUGGACGAGGGCCGGUCAGUCCUCCUGGGCGGUGGGGACUCGGAAGUAACUGAAUCUGACCAUCCCGUGUUAGCGUCCAUCAAAAAGGAACAGGAAACUGUGUUACUAGACUGAAUGUUACUUGUCUUUUUAAAAACUGUCAUUUUUACAAAGAACCUUCUCCCCCACCCCCACCCCCACCCCCACCCCCACCCCAAUUCGGGACAGUUUCACCAUGGCAUGAUACAAACGGGCCCCACUCCUUCCCUGGCCCCUUAUUCUCCCAGCCCCAUCUCCGCAAGGCUUUGUGCAUUAGAAACCUGGACUAUAUUUACUUUAAUUCAGGGGAUAUUGGAAGGAUAAUGGUCAGUAGUACUCAUAAAGAAAUAGGUUUUGAGAAGUUUUAGAUUAUUUUAAAAACCUACUUGGAAAUAAUUAAGAGUAUAUAAUAAAACAACUAGAAUAUAAUUUGGUAAGCUAAAAUUAUGACUGUCCCUGGGUAAUAAGUCUUCCUUCUCAAAGAAACAAAGUCAGAAAAUACAGCACGCGUCUUAGAGAUAAAGCUGGGCUCUGCUAUGCAAAUCUAGAAGGUGUGGGGAAACUUGAAACCCAAGCAGAUGUUUUUAAUAUUAGCCCUCUAGGUGUCUGAUUUCGGAAUGUAUCCUUUGAGAUUAUGUCCAGUUAAGGAAAAUCACUAGUUAUGAAGUCGACUUUAACAAAAUGCAAAAAGAGUAAUAAUGUGAUGGCAAUCUUCAUUUUUGGAUCAAACCUGACGGGCUGUGAGUUUGUAUGUGAGCGAACACACGGAUACUUGCUACACACGGGAGAAUUGAUGCACAGCGCUUUACCCGAUCGAUGCUGGCCUCUUCCCAGGAUGAACAAGAAGAUGCCGGGUUUUGGUUUCCGACACGCUUGUUUUAAAAUCGGCUUUAAAACACGGUUCUAUAGAAAGUCUUUCUGAACAGCAGUGACAUGCCAUUUCCUAGCAGUGGCCAGUGGUGAGCGUGUGUCAUCCAGCCAGCUGCCUGUAAAACCAGUGUGUGCGCUGCCAGGACGGGACUAUAGAAGUACGCAUCUUACAGGGAAAGCUGUGAGCAGAAAGUGUGGCUUUAAUGAGUGUAAAAGUCGAUGCUGCCCGGUUUGGUGGUGCCCACCUAUAACCCCAGUGCUAGGGGAGGAGGGUGGGGAGUGAACGCAGGAGAAUUGGGAGUUUGAGGCCAGCCUGGGCUACGUAGAGACACCUUGUUAAAAUGCAAUGCCCAUAGUUCACUGGUGACAUCUACUAAAGCAUCAAAAAUAACAAAGAGAAAUCAGGGUGACAAAAAUAAUAAUAAUCUAAUUUCUUCUUGGAGGAAAAACAAUUGAUUUUGAUGUGUUAUCCUCCAGUGUUUUUUUAACACCUGGAAUUUCCCCCACUGGCCUAGCAACAUUAAAAGUUGUUCAUUAAUCUUUCCUUGAGCCAAUAAGAAAACGGUCUCACAGGAUGCAACAGGAGCCAGAAGUGAGGUCUGAGGGGCAAGGGGCGGGGCUAGUGCCUAGCUAUACCGUACGUGUAUGUUAGAAACUGAACAUCCCAUCCUCCUCCUCUAUGUAUAGUUGAGUUUCAGAUUUGUAAGUUUUUAUACAUCCUUUCAUUGAAUAAACAUUUAAUUAAAUGGG